AUGGCUCCAACUUCGAUUAUUAGCAGCAACCCUGAGGAUAUCAAACACUCCUUGAAAGGUCAAAGUAAAACCGACCCUUCGGAGUUUAACGAACUCGUUGAAAAAUUAGCCUCGAUUAAGCCAGUUGGUUGGGCAAAGUCAAAGAGAGAACCAAUCACUGGCUUUGACCCCGAGUGGGCCAACCGUUUGCCUGAAACCACCAGGGAAAGAUUUGCUAAACACGGCGUGGACAUCACUAGAGGCUACCCUUACAUCCCCACCACCGACAAGAUCCCAAAAUUUGUUGACGAGGCCCAUGCUAUCAGAAAUGAAGAGUACCCAUUUAUAGAAAGGGGCAAAAACGCCGAUCCGGAAAAGAAGGCCUUGUUUGGUGCCGCCAAGGACGUUGUCCAUUUGACUCCUCAUGUCGGUACCGAGAUUAUUGGUUUGCAAUUGGCCGACUUGAACGAUAAGCAAAAGGAUGAAUUGGCAUUGUUGAUUGCUGAAAGGGUGGUGGUGUUUUUCAAAGACCAGGACUUGUCCCCUCAAAAGCAAUUGGAGUUGGGCCAAUACUGGGGCCAAGUUGAAGUUCACCCACAAGCAGCGCGUAUUGGGCCCGAGUGGGACGGAAUCACCGUUAUUUGGCAAGAAUACCAAAACGAGAGAAACGGCUUGGGGUUGAGUUUCCAAAACUCGAGAAAGGGAAACUCCCAAUGGCACAGUGACUUGGUGCAUGAGUUUCAAACUGCUGGUAUCACCCAUUUGCAUCAGGACUCCAUCCCUGAUGUUGGUGGAGAGACCAUUUGGAGCUCAACUUACGGUGCUUAUGACAAGUUGUCUGAUGAGUUUAAGAAGUUUUUGGAUGGCAAGACGGCAAUCUACAAGAGUGCUCACCACUAUUUGGACAGGGAGAACCCAUUGAGAGGUCCAAAGAAUGUCGAAAGAGAACAUCCCAUCGUUAGAACCCACCCUGCCACUGGUUGGAAGUACUUGUUUGUUAACCGUUCCAUGACGGAUAGAAUUGUCGGUUUGCUCCCAGAUGAGUCCGCCUUGAUUUUGAACUAUUUGUACAGCGUCAUUGAAAACAAUAGAGACCUUCAAGUCACUUUCAACUGGCAAAGAGAAUUGCCUGGUUUGAAAUCCAAAACUGAUGGCAAAAAGACUUAUAGAGGCACAUCUGCUUUAUGGGACAACAGAAUUGCUAACCACAAUGUCAUCCACAGUGACGAGAGUAUCCAUGGACGUCAUGGUACCAGGGUCACUUCCUUGGCUGACACUGGUUACUAUGACCCUGAGUCCAAGUCCCAAAGAACAGCUUUGGGUUUGAGAUUGGACUAG